AUGUCGGCUCAGCUGGACCAAGAUCCCCAAGCACAACUGUUGCAGGAAUUCCAAAAGAUCCUGCUAAACGCAGAUUCUGCCCCUCCUCAACAUGAUUCUUCAUUAACAACUCCCUCUGAUGGAUUAUUGGUGUUUGCGGAUCAAACUUUUGAUAAAUGGGUGCCUUAUAUUAGGCAGGCCAUUGAAGCACAGCAGCUAGGUAACUUGGUAGAAGAGCUAUACAACUCAGCUGAGGAAAUUUUUGAGAUGUCAGAGCCAAAGCUUUUACAGGAUACCCAAGUUACUGACAACCUCACUGCCUCGAUUGAUGAACUCGAUAGAGUCGAAAAGUUAAUUCAAUUUCAGUUGCAGGGGCAAAUAACGGACCUGAAUUCAGACAUGAGUGCUUCGACAAAUGAUGUAAUAAUGAAGAAGCAGGCAUUAACAAGCAAUAAGAAAACCACUAUGAAAAUAUCUGAAGCUAUGGUUUUGAUAGAUAAGAUUUUUCAGAUGCUAGAGCUUACGAACAGGUGCCGGGAAUUAAUAAAGGAUGGUAACUUUUAUAAGGCGCUUCAGAAGCUAGACAAGUUGGAACGACUUUAUAUUCACGAGUUUAAAGACUAUAAGUUCACGUUUUUAGAUGAAAUCUAUGGUUCUAUUCCCAGAUUGAGGACCGUAAUAAAGGAAGAAAGUAUAACUCUUAUCAAAACGUCACUAAGUUCCAAUCUUGAGAAGACAUUAAGCCAAGUGGGGCAGGAGUAUUUCAAGGUUUAUAAUGAUAAGCUUCUUCCUCAAUGGUUGGAUAUGAAAAAAUCAAUGAGACUAGCUAAUUAUAAAUUCAAUUCGCCAGUUGAACUGUCCUUAAGAGAUGAGUCAAGCUUGAAUAAUUUGAACUUAUCUAAAUUCUACGAGUUAAAGGAAAUUCAUGAUUCUAUAAUGAUAUUUGAUGCCUUAAAAGAGACUAAGUAUCUUGUUGAAGAGUUUGCCAAGGAAUAUGAGUUUAGGAAGGUGAAAUUGGUUCAUCCAUUGGCGUGGAAGAGUGUAACUACUAUUGGCCAGGGUGACAACGCUAGGGAUGAUUCAUUUUACCAGCAACUAAGUUUGCCCUUUUUAAAGCAAUAUCUGCUGAAGAUCUUGGGAUUCUUGCUGUACGAUAAGUACCUGCACAGGAAUACAGAGUAUAUUUUCACGAAUAAUAAAUACACUACUACGGAAGAGUUCUUGGAACAGUUUAUGGGGAAAGUUUCCCCACAUAUAUCAAGAUUUAUAAAGGCUAAACUGGUUUCAGAAGAUCAGCUAGUUGAUGCCAAGAACUUCUUUGGAAUUUAUGUGGCCAUUUUGGAAAAUUCUAAGCUGCCUUGCGAAUCUUUGUACAAGAUACAAACUACCUUGUUUGAAAAGUACUGCGGUUUGCUGAUCCAUAUCUUUGAUAAGGAGUUUAAGACCUUAUUGAACGACGACGAUUUUAUGCCCUUAACAAUUAAUAAUAAGGACCUUUAUGAAAAGGUGCUAAAGAUCUGCUGGAUGAAACCAGAAGCAAGACCUUCAAUUGAACAAGACGAAGAUUCAGGUUUUAUGGCAACACUUCCAUUCUCUCCUUUGUAUCCUAUGACCUGUACGUUGAUCAAGAAGUCAUAUGCUAAGAUGGUUACGUUCCUGAGUACCUUUUAUCGUCAUGACCUUGCUCAGCUAAAUAUCACACUGGUGCAAACCAUAGACGAUAUCUUCAACAAGAUAGUUAACUCAAAUAUUCGAGCAAAGUUAGAUACCACGUUUAGGGAGGAAAUUGCCCAGAUCCUGAUCAAUCUCGAUUACUUUAUCGUAGCUGCGAAGGAUUUUAGCAACAUCAUGACAAAGGAGAACAUAACUCAAAACCCCGAUAUCGAAAUCAAAUUGUCAGCCACUACUCAGUUGCUAGACACGAAAAAGUACGCAGAAACUAAGUUGAUUGAGUUAAUUGACAGCAAAGUUACCGACCUCAUGGAAUUUGUGGAAUUGGACUGGACAACAGAAGAGAUCAGGGAGGAACCAGGCUUGUCUAUCAGAGAUAUUGCCCAAUUUUUGGAGAUGAUGUUUACUUCCACACUCGCCAGUCUUCCUUACAGUAUUAAAUCUUUAUUAAUUUUCCGCGAAUUUGACCAAUUGACCAGAAAGUUCUUAGAACUGCUACUCCACAAUUCUCCAUCCUACAUUACACCGCAGAGCGUCUUAAACUUUGAGACCGAUAUGAAGUUCCUGGAGAACGUUAUUUCAAAAAUCUUCCCAAAUGAGGCAAAUAUGGAAUCGCAUCAAGAUGCGGUACCUUCUUCCAAUUCUUCUACUCCACUUCCUGAAAACCUCAGUUCAAAAGGCCCCAAUAUGAUUGAAAGCAAUGUUAGGUCUCUUUUCUCAACAUUCACAGAUUUAAACCAGCAUAUCCUAUUAAUGAAAUCAAAUAAUUUUGAAGAGUAUAAGGAUUCCAGUAUUAGAAUGAGAAAGUAUCCUAGAAUUAAACCAGAAGUUGCGCAAAUGCUGUUAAACAAACUUUCAAGACCAGCUAGUGCUACUACUGAUGGGGACAAUACUACAAUUUCCGAUUACAGCAUCGCAAGUAAUGGCAGGUUUGCCAAAUUUUUUAACAGAGGAGUUUAA